AUGGACGAAGUCGCUGGACCUCAGGAUGAGCCAAUAGUACCAAGGAAAAUUGAAAAACCUGGUUAUGAAGAAACCCUAAGCAAACGACCUGAAGAAGAUCCUGCAAACUAUGCGGAAACUACGCCGCCUACAGACAAAGUCACGGAAUCUCAGGAUAAAUUGAUAAUGCCAGCAAAAACUGAAAAAUUUGGUGAUAAUGAAACUCCAAGUGAACAGCCUGAACAAGAACCAGCAAACGAUGCAGAAACCGAGUUGCCAGCUGAAGUUACAGAAACUUUCGCUGGAUCUCAGAAUGAACCAAUAGUACCAUGGAAUAUUGAAAAGCCUGGUUAUGUAGAAACUCCAAACAAACGGCCUGAAGGAGGGCCUGCAAACUAUGCGGAAACUGCGCCGCCAACAGACAAAGUCAUGGAAUCUCAGGAUAAAUUGAUAAUGCCAGCAGAAACUGAAAAAUUCGGUGAUAAUGAAACUCCAAGUGAACAGCCUGAACAAGAACCAGCAAACGAUGCAGAAACCGAGUUGCCUGCUGAAGUUACAGAAACUUUCGCUGGAUCUCAGAAUGAGCCAAUAGUACCAUGGAAUAUUGAAAAGCCUGGUUGUGAAGAAACUCCAAGCAAACGACCUGAAGAAGGACCUGCAAACUAUGCGCCGCUAACAGAUGAAGUCACGGAAUUCCAGGAUGAACCAAUAAUGCAGGAAAAAAAGCCUGAUGAGCAAGAAACUCCAGGUGAAGAGAUAGUUAAUAAAGGAAAAAUAGAUGUAUCAACAGAACCUAUUCUAUCAAAGUUUUUUAGCAGCUCAUGCCCUGAAUCGAAGAUCACUUUGGCUAAUCGAGAUAAUAUUUUGAAGAAACUUAAUGAAUUACGCAAAAAAGUAGCUGCGGGAAAAUUUUCAACAUCAGAUGGAACAUAUCCAGUGGCCAAAGAGAUGUACAAACUGGUUAUUAUUUAUUAA